GUCGGUUUGGUUUCGUCUUCCUGGCGGCUGUCCCACUCGCAGAUCUCCUUUCUCCCCGCUGGGCUGAUUUCAGGCGCUGAUGGGAGCAAGGGUGGCGCGUCUCCUUGGGCAUACGAGCAAACUGGUCAUUCCAGUAAGGAGAAACCUCAGGUCACCGCGCCGAGGGAUCCACCUCCGUCCUCUCGCAAGAGGGCUGGCUUUCUUCAUUGCCUUUCUUCUUCCUAAUUUUUUUUUUUUUUUUUUCACUUUGCCGGUUCUUGACGGCGGGCCCGCCUUGAUCGGCUCUUCUCCCUCUGCCUUAUGUAGACGGGCAGGCGCUUGGACGACAGGUGCUUCGGACGCUGAGUUUCUCCCGGCCCCCUCCGAUCGCGCCAUGAAAAACGCCGGCUUGGAGAAUCCGGCUUUCCAGGCUUCCACCCCGGAUCUUAUCGACCCUCGGCUCUCUCCGACGACCCCGAGUAUCUUGCAGUCGCCGAGUUUUGACCCGGACGAGCAACUCUGCGGGAUCGGCCGAUGCACUCCUCGCGCCCUGCAGGUCUGCAACAACGUCAAAGGCUACUUGGUCUUCUACAGCCUCCUCUCGGUCUUCCAAGGGAUUAUUGUAAAUGGAUUGAUAAAUGUCAGCAUUUCUACAAUUGAGAAGCGUUAUGAUUUGAGCAGUUCCCUUACAGGCGUAAUCUCUGCUGGUUAUGACAUUUCAUUCUCUGUGUUAUGCCUUUUUAUAUCCUUCUAUGGUGAAAGAGGUCACAAACCAAGAUGGCUGGCUUUGUCCUCUUUUCUGAUCGCUAUAGGAGCAUUAGUAUUUUCUUUGCCACAUUUUACUACUGGACCAUACACAUAUGGAGAAAAAGCAGAAGACAUCUGUCCAGUACCUCUUUCUGGAGGUCAAACGACGCCGUGCCGCCGAGGCAGCAAAUCCAAACUUUCCAACUACUUCUAUGUUUUCUUACUGGGUCAGUUCCUCUUAGGAGCAGGUGGAACUCCUCUGUACACACUGGGCACAACUUUCAUCGAUGAUAGUGUCCCAAAGCACAAAGCUUCAGUCUACAUAGGAAUUGGAUAUGCCAUGUCACUGCUGGGUCCUGCCAUUGGCUAUGUUUUAGGAGGACAAUUGCUGAAUGUCUAUGUUGAUUUCAAUCGUAAUAUAAGUGUAGACCUCACUCCAGAAGAUCCCCGCUGGGUUGGAGCAUGGUGGAUAGCCUUUGUGAUAUGCAGCUUCUCUACAUGCCUUUUAGUAGCACCAUUUUCAUAUUUCCCAAAGCAUUUGCCAGGUACAAGCAAAAUACGAGCAGAGAAGAUUUCUGAAGCACAUCAUAGUGGAAAACAGAUGUGUGAAUAUACUGGGAGGAGUAUUAAGGACUUUCUUAUGAUUCUCUGGAUGCUGCUGAGGAAUCCCGUAUUGAUGUAUCUUGUAAUAGCAGCUGCAUUAGAAGCUUUAAUCGCUACUGGUUUUGCAACUUUCUUACCCAAAUUUAUAGAAAAUCAGUUUGGAUUUACAUCUAGCUAUUCAGCUACUUUAGGAGGACUUGUCUUAAUCCCAGGAGCAGCAAUUGGCCAAAUCAUAAGUGGUACCUUAAUUUCCAAGCUGCAAAUGAAUUGCAAAACUAUAAUCAAGUUUAUUAUUGCUACUUGUGUGCUGGCGCUGCUAUUAAACAUGGUGUUUGCAUUUGCUAAAUGUGGGAAUGAACCAUUUGCUGGUGUUUCUGAAACAUAUAAUGGGACAGGUACAUUAUUAAACUUAACAGCACCCUGCAAUGCCCAUUGUAGAUGUUUGCGUUCAGACUUUUUGCCCAUCUGUGGUGCAGAUGAAGUCCAGUAUUUUUCUCCAUGUUAUGCAGGAUGUACUGCUGUUGUUCCUCAGAAGCAUGGAACAAAGCACUACAGCAAUUGUUCCUGUGUUGGGAAUCCCAUAUUUGAAAUUGAGAAUACCUUCCAUGGGGCCACUUCUGGAAAAUGUAAAUCUAAGUGCACAGUCCUGCCUUGGUUCCUUAGCUUCUUCUUUUUUGCAGUUGUUUUUACUUUUAUGGCAGUUACACCAACAACUGUGGCCAUUCUCAGAUGUGUGCCAGAAAAUCACAGAUCGUUUGCUUUGGGUGUUCAUAUGCUCUUUCUACGACUUUUAGGCACUAUUCCUGGCCCGAUCCUUUUUGGUAUCUCAAUAGACAAUUCUUGCACUCUCUGGUCUGUAGAUAGAUGUGGACGUAAAGGAGCAUGUUGGACCUAUAACAACACCAAAAUGGCAUAUUUGCUGUUUGGUAUAAGUGCAUGUUCCAAAGCAGUUUCUCUAAUUUUUACUAUCAUAUCAUAUGUGUUAUAUAAGCCUCCCCCAGAUAUUAUUGCAGAUUCGAAGGCAGAUCAAACAAGCACUUCAGUACGUCUUUGAAUGAGGAACAAACUAUUAUUUCUAGAGAAAGUCAAAGAAAAAAUUUCAGUGAUAUCCAAUGGCAGCUGUAACUUCUGAGUACCAGCACUGGAGGACUUUGAGCAAGUCAUUUAAUUCUUUUUUAAAAAAAAAUAAAAUAAAAUAAACACUUUUACUUUAAAUCCAUUUUACUUCAAGUGUAUCUCAGUUACAUAAAACUUUUUACUCUCUCAAGAGAAUAGUAUGGUUUUUGUAGUGUAGAAUGUCUAAAUAUUUUAACCAAAAAUCAACUUUAGAAACUCAUUUAAUUGGUUGUAGGACGAUAAGUGAUUUCCAUGGGACCUGAAAGUACUUUGAUAAGAAAUAGCAUCUCCAAUUUUGUCCUGUAAAAGGCAAGCUCAGUCUUUCAAUCUUGCCUGUUAGAACUCAGGACACUGAGAGGAUUAUGGGCCAGGAUAAAAACAAAAUGAAAUAAAAUAAAAUCUGUUAACAUGGCUAUUAACCAAGUAGAUAUUAAUUUUUUACAAUAAUACAUUUUAAAAUUAUACCUUUAUGUAUUUUAUUUACCUCCCCAUUUCUACUCUAGUUAAGUACUCAAAGGCAGCUUUCAAAAUUAAUGCCUCCACCUCAAAAUAUCAGAUUGCUCAAGUGUCUAUGGAGAUUCUCAAUCAUCCAGAUCAUGGCUGUCUUAAAGGUGCUUUUUCAAGAGGCAACUGGACUUUCUGGUUUUUCUUUGAAGAUGUUUCGCUUCUCAUCCCACUAUAUAGUGGGAAUUCCCCACUAUACACUCAGAGCUGAAGAAGCUUCUUGGGUGAGAAGCAAAGUGUCUUAAAAGAAAAAUUGCCCAAUAUUAAAAACAUUUAUUAAAAUUAACCCUAGCAUGUGCACUUAAACCACUGAACAAUUAAUUUUUGAAAUGCUGAAAGAGUUGAGGCCAAGUAUUAUUCCCAAGGAAAUACACUGUAUAAUGUGGGAACAACACAGAAGGGAGGUCCAAUUCUACAUGUCACAAAAAAUGGCCUUUUAAAGGUCAUCUUCAGAAGAGCAGUCCUUCAGAUAGUGAGAUCCUAAAAUCUUUAGGAUUAGGGGGAUCAGUGCCAACACUUUGGGGGGUUGGAUUAGAAGAUCUCCAAGGUCCCUCCCAAUGUUACUUUAUUGUUCCAAUAUUACUUGUGCCAAGUAACAAACAACUGGCUCUCUGCAGAUAUUUUAUAUAUAGGUAUCAUAUAAUGCUUGAGCCAAAAAAAGCCUAGUUGUCAGAUUAUUUUGCUCCUAAUGCAAUUUCUGGAUAUUUUUCAGAGGUAGGCCCACAUUAAGUAUACGGGGAUAGUCACGAUAGGAUAUAAUCAAGGCAUGGAUAGCCAUCAUGAAAUCCGACUGGUUCAGAACACGUCCCAGCUGAUAUAUUAGAUAUAAUUAUUCAGAAGUGUUGUUUACCUCAGCUACCAUGUAUGAAUCCAAUGAUAGCUUAGAAUCAAAGACGAUUCUCAGAUAGAAAACUUAUUUUUUCUAUGGGAAGUGGAACUCCAUCUGAAAGAUUCCCACUUACAUUUUCCUAUUUACCAACAAUAUCACCAUCUCCUCCAAGUUUUACUUCAGUAUAUAUUUCCUCAUUCAACCCUCUUGUAUCCUUGGAGUUGGGUGAGAUAGAUGAGGAUAGUUUAGGUUGAUCUGCAUGACACACUCUUUUUUAAAAAAAAAAUUGAUUUAUAUGCCGCCCUUCUCCGGAGACUCAGGGCAGCUUACAAUGCAUUAAGCAAUAGCCUUCAUACUUUUGUAUAUUUAUACAAAGUCAGCUUAUUGCCCCCACAAACUGGGUCCUCAUUUAACCUACCUUAGAAAGGAUGGAAGGCUGAGUCAACCUUGAGCCUGGUGAGAUUCGAACUUACAGUUAUUGCAGACAGCUGGUGUUAAUCACAAUGCUUUUAGUCUGCUGAGCUACCAGGCCCAUUGAAAUUUUAAAAUUUCAACUGAAUUUCCCCAGGAAGGAACCCUGAGGAUCAUCAAAGAUUGUCAGCCCUGGUCUUGAGCAGUAGUCCCCUGACACUAUAUCCUAGACAUGGCCUGGCAGUACUAGAACUAUUAUAAGUUAUGCCUUCAUCGCCCAGUCUAAAUGGAGAUUCAAGAAGUCCAGCAGUUUAUACUAUUCCCUUUCUGUUUCUGACAUAACUCAUCUAUCAAGGGAACCAGUGUAGAUUCCUUACCAUGAUAAACUGAAAGGCUAAUUCAUAUAGAGGUAGAAAAUUAGUAUCAUUCACAUCAGUCUGAAGUUGUAAGGCGUCUAUCUUCUUGUUCACCUUUCCCGAAACUAGAAUAUUUGAGAAUGACCUAUAAUUAUGCAGAUCUUUCAUGUCAAAGAACUUUCUCAUUAGUAAAAGCAUUAUUACUUCCUCUUGCAAAGAGAUACAGAUCACUUCCUUUAAGGAUUGAUCCAUUUAAUCAGUCAAGGAGAAGUCCAGGAUUAUUAUAGCCAAUUUAAUCAUCUGGAAACACAAAUUACAGAUUAUGCUAUUGCUAGGUUACAGCCCUAAGAUCUGCCCUAAAGCUGGUAUGAAAACCGAGACAGAUCUAAUCAACUCAGUUCACUAAAAACAAUGGGAGUAGCCCACACUGAGCCAAUAACUGUUUCACCACACUCAGAAAUCAAAACUGGAGUUCUCCAAAAUUAUUCAAAAUGGUCUUGGGCCAUUUCCAAGGACUUGAUGAACUGUGACUAAGACUUUCAGCACUGAUGUAUUAAUUUCAGCACUCAUAGCAUUUCAAGUAUUUCCUUGAUUCAUAAAUGCUAAGUCACAUUUUGGCCUAUAUUUAUAAGAAAUCUCUGGCUGCAGGUAUCAUGAGAGACCACUGUUAUUUGCAUUUAUGAAGUAUGGAAUACUACCCUGCUAUAGUGUUCAUCUACAGUACUUGUUCUGUUUCAUAUUGUUAGCCGAGAAUGGUUCAGAUUGUCAAUAGCAAAUGGGCAUUGUAAAUAAGACACUUGAAUGGCAGAUUUAACUGCAACAUGUAAACAAGGUACUAGAUCAGGGAAAGCAGCUAUAAUAUCUCUCUCCCUCUCCCCUGAGUUUAUUAUAUUAAUGGCUGACUCUGUGGAUAGUUUUGUAACAUCAUUGCAAAAUGAAAAGAAAAGCUGAGAAAGAAAACCAUCUAACCACAUUUUAAGCAAGUUAAAAAAAUGUGGAGGUGCCUUCAAUAUUUGAAACUUGAGGUAUGUACGUAGUUGGUGGCUGCUCCAGCAUUCUUACAUUUCAGAGAUGUGCCUUUGACUUCUGUAUAGAAAUGUGAUACUGUACUUUUCAAAUUGCUUUGGAGCUCCCCCUUAUGAUUUAGAAAAGGUACUUUAUUUUGUUCCAAAAUCAUUCUUUUAAAAGUUGCUUACUUGAAAGUAGCAGACAGUUCAUUAUUAACCUUGUUAUGCAUAUUUUUCUAUAGAGACUAUUUUUGUCUGUGUUUUAAACACCUUUAUUUCAUAAUAUUUAAAUUUCAAAUAAUGAAAUAUUGACCUGCAGUCAAUAAGCUGUCCUUUAAGAGUUUCGAGGAUGCAGCUCCCAGGCUUCUGUUGAGUGCUGACAUGUAUUAUGUCAGGAAUAUAUUUUCUGAAACAAAGAAAUAAAAGGCAAUAAUUUAUGCAAAUAAGCUGAAUGGACAGCAUUCAGUUGUGUCUAAAUACUUUUUGCACAAUAUUUUAAAUGAAAGAGGCAUUUAUUUUAGAUAAUCAUACAAUGUAAAUAAUUUUGAAAAUUUACUUUGUUCAGUGAGAACCUAUGUAAUUUAUUUAUACUGAUUAAAGCAGUUUUCAAAGUUGUCAUUAA